UCCGAACAAGAACGUCACAUCUCGACGUCUUCACUCUGUUGGGAAAGGCUUUACAGAAGAGAGAGCAGAGCACUGGACAAGUAUGAUUAGCUGAAGUAAAAGGAGACCAAGAGCCGGCAGAAAACAGACUCUUAAGUGGACACGAGGAACAGAGAAGCAGUCUGAGCAGGAUUAUAGGCAUCUAGUGCCUUCCCAUUCAAAAUUUCAUGAAAAGGGUAUUUUCUUAGAUCUACCUGUGGUUACAACUUUGGAUUUUAUCCAUGAUGGAUCAGUCUCUGGAUCAGUUAUCCUGACGUUUUUUUUCUGAAUGUCAGAAUUUGACUUUUUUCUGGAAUACCAUUACCCAUUUUUGGAAUAUUUUUACGCACAGUCUUCUCGUGUGUGUGGAUGACAAAUCGUUACUGCAGGAAUUUUAAAAGUGUUUUUGGAACAUUUUAAUGCGCUGUUAUACAAUUUGAGUUGCAGACCAAUCCGUCUUGUCUGAUUUCUCAAGAGAAUCAUCAGUAUCACAUCUCUCCUGGCUGUACCCGUAAUAGCAACAGAUCGCCUAACACUUUUUCGCAAAGUGACACUGGUGCCUCCUAAACGGGAGCUGGUACCGUAUAUGUUCUUUCUCCAUCUGUUUUGAGGAGUUUCUCAGUCUGGACGACGAUAUUAUCUACUAUCUGAAAUGCUGCCCAUAUCCCUCCUGUUGCUCGUUUUCCACGCUGCGCUCUUCGUGGCCGCGCAAGGCGCCGAUGACCUCCAGGGUUUUACCUUCCCAGGUGGGAGCGCAGGUUUUGACCCAACAGACCCCUGUAUGGUGGUGUCUCCACCAUGUAUGAGUGAGGCCGAUCGCUACAGCCUGGAGGCCCUGCGGAGCAUCCACCAGAUGAUGGACGAUGACCAGGAUGGAGGGAUUGAGGUUGAGGAGAGUGUGGAGUUCAUCAUUGAAGACAUGAAGCAGCAGCAAACCAACAAACACAGCAACCUACACAGAGAAGACCAGCACAUCACAGUUGAGGAGCUCUGGAGGGGCUGGAAGUCAUCUGAUGUACAUAAUUGGACUCAGGAUGAGGUGCUUCGCUGGCUGAAGGACUUUGUUGAGUUGCCACAGUAUGAGAAGAACUUUAAAGACUUUAAGGUCAAUGGAAACACACUCCCCAGGAUUGCAGCCAAUGAGCCUUCAUUUCUGAGUGGCCAUCUGAAAGUUCAGGACCAGAGAGACAAACAGAAGCUCAACAUCAAAGCUCUGGACGUAGUACUGUUUGGGCCACCUACACGUCCUCCUCAUAACUACAUGAAGGAUAUGCUGCUAAUUGUAUCAGUGGUGAUGGGAGUUGGGGGCUGCUGGUUUGCUCAGGCCCAGAACAAAACCAGCAAGAUCCACAUAAACAAGAUGAUGAAAGAUCUGGAAAGUCUGCAGAGGGCUGAACAGAGCCUCAUUGAUCUACAGGAACAACUGGAGCGAGCCCAGGAAGAGAAACGUAAUGUGGCAGAGGAGAAACAGAACCUGGAGGAGAAGAUGAGGGAUGAGAUCAUGGGGGCACAGGAGGAGGCGCACCGUCUGCACGAGCUGAGGCAGGGAGCUGUCAGCGAGCUCAGCCGCCUCCGAUAUGCAGAGGAAGAGCUGGUGCAGGUUCGUGGAGCACUGAAGCAGGCAGAGAAGGACAUGCAGGCUAGCUGGACUUUCUCAGAAGCUCUCCAGCUGUGGCUCCAGUUGACACAUGAGGUGGAAGUCCAGUACUACAAUGUCAAGAAGCAGGGUGCAGAAUUACAGCUUGCCACUGCCAAGGAAGAGGCAGAGAGGAUUAAGAAGAAGAGAAGUUCUGUGUUUGGGACUCUCCAUGUGGCCCACAGUUCCUCUCUAGACCAGGUUGACCAAAAGAUCAUGGAGGCAAAGAAUGCCUUGUCUGAAGUAACAGCCUGCCUACGGGAGCGGCUCCAUCGCUGGCAGCAGAUUGAGCGCAUCUGUGGCUUCAGCAUCAUCAGGAAUCCUGGCCUUGCAAACCUCACGGCUCAGCUCUACUCAGACUCAAUUGCCAUGGGGUUGCCCCGAGUGUCCCAGCCAUCUUUUUCAUGCCACAGCUCGGUCCAUGGAUCUCUGGAGGAUCUGUUAGAAGAGUCUACUUCUCCAAUCUUACCACAGAUGCCAGUUCCACCACUGAAGCGCUCUCCUCGAACUCGGGGUUCCACCAUAUGUCGGUCACGUCGUCCUGGCGUCAUCACUCAGCCACCGGCUACCAUGAUCUCCGCGGACCCCGACCUCCUCAUCCCAAUCCGAGCUCCCUAUCCUUGCUUUGAUGAGGAUGAGGAGCUCUUGCUCAAAACCCUAAAGAAACAGUACGUCACUCUGCCCACAACCUUUAGAGGCCAAUUUGUUUGUUUUUACACACUGCUAAACUGUUUCAAUGAUGCCUCUGUUGAUACAAUCUUUGUUCAUUCUUUGUUUCCUUUCUUCUCUCCUUUCUUAUCCUUUCCUUCCUUUAUACUUCCUUACCUUUCUCUCACUAAUAGAGACUCCCUAGAGAUGUACUCAGAUGCAGACUAUAUCAGUUCAUCUCCUCUUAGCAAAAUGUACCCUAGUACACCUACCGCUGUUGACACCACCUCUCGAAAGCUCUACCAUGAUGAAACUGAGCUGCUUGCAGACAGCUCCAUUACAAAGCCUUUGGGUAAAGAAGUAGAAACUGUUAUUGAAUCCCCAGUUCGCAGAAUUUCUAUAGAAGAGCUAGAAGCUUCUGUAGAUGUUCCCUGCAGGAAGAUGACAAAAGACAAAGUGUUGGAUACUUCUUUGGAAAUCCCUUCUUUGAAGAUGUCCAAAGAAGAGCCUUUGAUAGAGGCUACAUCAAGGAAGACAUCCCGAGACAGGAGUGAAGUUCCCAUGGAUGUUGUAGUUAGAAAGGGGCUUACCAAUGAGUUGGAUGCAGAAUUUACAGCUAAGAAAGUAGAAAGAGACACAGUAGGGGAUUUUAUUGACACUGCUUCAAGGAAUAUAUACAGAGAAAGAAGUGAUUUACCACUGGAUGCCAGAAAGAUUCUUUGGGAUGAAUUAGAGGCAUCAAAUGUUGCACCUGGGAAAAUAUCAAGAGAUAUGAUGGGCACUUCAAUGGACAGUGCUUCAAGAAAGAUGAUACGAGAUGAGGUUGAGCGUCCGUUUGACUCAGUAUCCAGAAGGAUUAUGAGAGAUUCAGUGGGAAUGCCCCUAGACACAGCUUCUAGAAAGCUUCCAUGGAAUAAAGGAGAAUAUCAGCUUGAUUCCUCCGUGAGGGCAAUGGCAAAGGACAAAAUGGUUGACAUUGCUAGAACACCAUCAAGAAAGAUAUCUAGAGAUGAGAUGGAGUAUUGUGCAGAUCCUGCUUCCGUAAAGAUGCUACCCAGAGAGCAAUUUGAAGCACUUGUGGACACCACGUCCUCCAAAGAAAAGCAAGAGUUUGGUUUAGAACCACCAACAAGUAGGAAGACACUGAGAGAUGAACUUGAGAUGUCUGUUGGCUGUCUCAGAAGGAGACUACCAAGAAUGCCAAGAGAUAACACUGACAAUUCGAUAGACACGCCCACAGGAAAAAUCUCCAGGGAUAGAGUUGAUGUACCCAUGGAAAUACCUGAACAAUCAAUAGUGAGGGAGGAGUUGGUAGCAUGUGAAUCAGGCUCAUCCCCAGGUCGAAUUGGACAACCAGACCUUACAGUAACCUCCCAAGUGCCAUGGAAGUCAUCAUCAGACGUUUUCGCUGUUGGCCCAUUGAGCCAGCUUGUGUAUGACGGAAUCCUGGAGAAGUCCUGCAACUCCAUGGCUACAUCCCCAAUCAGCCUCUCUGCCUCAACAUCCAACCUUCCCCAGUGCAAGGAGGUGGAGCCACCAUUGCCACCAGCAAGAGUUGCCUUACCAUCUUCUGCAUCACUCCCUGAGAUUAAAGAUGACAAGAACAAGGAAAAAGAAAAAAGCAAGAAAUCCCUAAAGCUAAAAAAUCUUUUUAAAAAGAAAAAUGAGCCAACCUCAGAGAAGCUUCAAAGUGGUCUUCAGAAACUCUGACAAUCAGUUGAGAAUUUUUUCCUUUUUUAUAAUUAAAAUUUUAUUAACAUUUUCAUAUCUUUUGAACCAGAAAAUGUAGUUUUAGAACAUAAUUGAAAACAUCUGGUAGCGAAAAGACACUACGUUUUAGAAAUUAUAACCUUACUUACUUAAGGAUAGACAUUUUAGAGCCAGUGGUGUCCAAAAUACCAACAUGAAAGUAGAGUAAGAGAAGCAAAUAACAUAUUGUUCCCAUUCUCUGAGAUGUCAAAAAGCACUGAUAGAAUCAUGAUACAUGUAUUAUGUCAAAUGUUGCCUGUAAAAAAGUCAAUAAAAUAUAGUACAUUUGCUCAAUUGCAUAUGUAUGGAGAUCAAUAUGAAGCUCAGUGAAGAGUCUGCCAGUUUUUAAACAUGUUUUAUAUUUGAAACAGAUUUUUUUCUGUUAUUAAGUCUUAUGUAGACAUAUGGUUGAUACCAUAUAUUAUUUUAGAUGCAAUCUUUUUGAUGCGUUGCCUAUCUAUGGUUGAAGGAUUAAAUUCUGUUUAAACAGAUGCUGCCCUUCUGUAUAACAGAGGCAAUGCUUGAAUUUAAACCUCCAAUGAAGACAUUUACUGAAGUAGGAAAAGAAUACAUUCUGUUCUGAGAUAAAUUUAGCUUAAUUUAAUGAUGUCCUGAUCUCAUAUUCUACCCCCCCACCCCCCACCAGAUCCCGAUUUGACUCAUAUGAUAUCAAGUAUGAAACAGGGUCUGAUCUGAGGAAAUUUAAAGGCUUAUAUUAUUUUACAUGAUACACUUCUGUGUUUCUGUUUUUCUCAGUGUUCUUCUCACUGGUUUGAAGUGGAAGGGGCAAACUAGGAAAAAUGUGAAGUGUCAGGUAUUCCUGUGCUCCAAUUACGAUUUAGCAACAUUUAAAUGAGAAUCUGAUGACAUUUGAGGGGUUGCUUGUGUUGCACACCCACACAGUCCAGAUGAAGCAGAGUAGCUGGAGUUUUGAGGUUUAACAUCUUAAUGAACAAUACCAAACGACUUUUUUUUUCAUUGAAUUUGAUUUAUUUAAAAUUUGAUUUGAUUUAAACUUCGAACUUGAUUGUUUCUUUUUUAGUCAUGGCUCUUUAUUGUUAUAGAGAAAUACCUAGGAUAGUAACACAUCCCCCUAUUCCCUUAGUUAGUAUUUAUAAGUAGUAUAUAAACAUUUAUUGAUAUAAUAGUCAUAACACACUAUAAUGUAAUUAUAAUUAGAUAUAAAGUUAUUUU